AUGACAUCCCAAACCGGCCAUGGCGAUCCCAAACUCCACAGCCUAGUCCCCUCAACCCAAACACUCCCACUGCACAACAGUAUUCCCCCAGAACUAGUCUCCCGCUUCGACCCAGUCUACGUCGAGUAUUACAACAAAUACAACGCCGGCCGUCUCCACACGCACGAAGUACCCAUACAAGACUACCGCAAAGAUCCAUCCCGAUACACCAUCUCCUACGGCCGAGCCCUAGGACCAGAUAUCUUCUCGAUAACAGAGCAGAGAUGCCCCGUAGAUGGGGGAGAGAUCACGAUUCGGAUCUUCGAGCCGGCACCUAAAUUCCAAACCGAAACCGGUCUGCCGAAGAAAAGAGCGGCUUAUCUUAAUUUCCACGGAGGCGGGUGGGUAUUUGGUGGGCUGCAGUUCGAUCACGAAUUUUGCAAGAGGGUCGUUGAUGGGCUUGAGGGGGAGUGUGUUGUCUUCGACGUGGAUUAUAGACUCGCGCCUGAGAAUCCGUUUCCGAUUCCGGUCGAGGAUUGUUGGGCGGCGUUUACCUGGAUCCGCGAACAAAAGACAGAAGAGUUCAAUCUCGACCCUGACUGUUUCGCCGUCGGCGGCGCAUCAGCAGGAGGCCACCUCGCUGCCGUAAUCGCCCAUCUCUGCCGAGACGCAGGCAUUCCGCUGAAACUACAGAUCUUGACCGUCCCCGUGUGUGACAUGCACAAUACUUUCACGGCUGAGGGUCACUUUGACCGCGAACAUUGCCCGUACGAGUCGUACCGCGAAAUGGAAUUUGCACCGGCUCUGCCUGCGGCUCGGAUGGCUUAUUUUCAUCGGAUGUUUCUUGGGGUACCGAGGCCGAUGGCUUCGCGGGAUGACUGGAAAAUUUCGCCUAUGCUCGCUGCUAAUUUCGAGGAUCUGGCGCCGGCACUGGUGUCGACUGCGGAACUGGAUCCGUUGCGCGAUGAAGGGGAGGCUUAUGCUGCUAAAUUGCAGACAGCGGGGAAUCCGGUAGAGUUGUAUCGAUAUAAUGGUGCUCCACAUUUGAUUGCUUCGUUGGAUGGGAUUAUGGAGGGUGUUACCGGGGUGACCAAAAUCACUAACAAUAAACCCCCCAAUGACGAAGGGACCGCGUAUUACUGGGGUAAUGCCGAUACCGGGAAGUUUCGGCAUCGCAAGUCGGACGAGUUCCUCUUUUCUGUUUCUCGUUUUUAA